AUGUCUCCAGCGGUUGAGCGACAGACUUUUCUCGACGAGGUAUGUAAUAGUUUAGGGGGAUUAGAUUUAAGGGAUGCAGCAACGGCAAUAGAGAAAAAAGUGAAUUCUAUCGAAGAUACAGAUUUGCUACGGCGCAUGCUAAUUCAAAAAGAACAAGAAAGAGACGACAUAGCGAGUAACUUAGAUAUAGCGGCAAGACUUGGAUUAGCUAUAUCGGAAAAAAACGAAGAAUUACAAAUGAAAUUGAACUUGGCGACUCAGGCUGAAGCUCAGGCUUAUUUCAAACUAUCGGCAUUAGAAGAAGAAAAUCGACUCCUAAUGUCCAAAGCUUCACGUAGCAAUGAGCUCGCAUCACAACUGAUAGCCAGCGAGGAACAAGUAAAAUCGCUACGGGAACACAAGGCAUAUCUUCAAAAGGAAUUAGAAGCAGCCCGACGAGAAUUAAAAAGAUUCCGAAAAGAAUUGGAUAGUUUGUCGGGUCAGAUGAAUGAUAUGGCCGAGGAUAUGAUUGACUCGCGAAGUAAAGUUAAUACGUACGCAAAGAAGUUGGCCGAGGUGGAGCAACAUCUAUCAGACACGCAGGAAAUGAAUGUCAAUCUCUCAAUACAAUUGGAAAAAUCACUAAGCUCUCAGAAAAUAUCCAGUGCCACGACAACACAAAUCGUAAAAAUGAUUCAAGCUGACCUCGGACGAGUAGUGUUGGAGAAUGAACAUCUUCGAGCGAGUAUUAAUGAAUUGGAGUCACGACAAGUUCAAUGUGAAGGCAAAUUGGGUGAAAUGAUAGUCAAUGCCCAAGAAUAUGCUCAUUUAUUGGAGGAAGCUCAGGAUACUAUACACUCGUUAAGUGAGACUCGACUAGAAUCUAAUAUUGAAAAUUUGGAAAUAUCACCUGGUCGAAGUCGCAGAACACUGUUCUCGACAGAAGUAGAACAACAACUCGAAAAGACUAUCGAGGAACGUCUAAAAUCCCAAAUGUCAUCACCACGACAAAAUUCCAAUUCGUCGGUUCCCGUAGAUAUGAAAAAGGCAGCUGCCGGACUAAAGUAUUUGUUAUCGGCUAGAGAAGUUGAGGGUAAAGAUGGUGGCAAAGGUAAAAGCCCUGAAAGACGACCGUUCGGUGGUGGUUAUGUUUUGCAUUCAUAUAAUGUUCGUUAA